CUUUCCUAUAACCCAAAUCCUUCCAUACAAGAAUCUUCAAGUACAAUAAAUCUGUAACAAAAUACUAAAAUAAUAAUAAUAAUAAUAAUAAUAAUAAAAAAAUAUGCCACCAUCUUCAUCCAUGCAUAUUCCUUCCCUCUUUAAUGUCAAGGACAAAGUCGUUCUCGUCACUGGCGGAAGCCGUGGAAUUGGCUUAAUGAUCGCGCAUGGAUUCGUUGCGAAUGGAGCCAAGGUAUAUAUCUCUGCUCGUACCGCUAAGGACUGUGAUAAGGUUGCGGAAGACUUGAUGAAGUUGGGACCGGGUCAAUGUUUCUCCAUUCCAGCGGAUCUUCAGAGCUUGCAGGAAGUCCAACAUUUGGUUAGAGAAAUUUCAAAACGAGAAUUAAAGGUUCAUGUCCUUGUCAACAAUGCUGGGGCCAACUGGGCAGCUCCUAUCGAGUCUUAUCCGGACAGCGCGUUCGAAAAGGUCAUAAACCUCAAUCUCAAGCGAGUCUUCUCAUUGACUCAAGCCAUGCUCCCACUUUUAUUAGCUACUGCGACGGAGACCCAUCCAGCCUCUGUAAUCAAUAUUGGGUCUGUGGAUGGAGUUCGUAACCCUAUACAGGAGACUUAUGCUUAUUCGGCUUCCAAGGCUGCAUUGCAUCAAAUGACAAAGGUCAUGGCGGGCCAUUUGGGCUCUAAACAUAUCACUGUGAAUGCUAUUGCUCCAGGGCCGUUCGAGAGUAAGAUGAUGGCAGCGACCCUGCAAAAUUCAAAGGAUGAGAUUGUACGCGGUAUUCCCUUGGGAAGGAUUGGCCAACCAGAGGAUUUAGCUGCUACCGCUAUCUAUUUGGCUUCCAGAGCUGGGGCAUACACUACUGGAGCCAUCAUUCCUGUCGACGGUGGUCUGUUGGUUAAGCCUAGAGGUUAAAUUAAAAUGUAUU